UUUUCCUCGUGGACGGCUAAACCCCCACCACUUUCUCCAAUUAUUGUACUAUAAAAUAAUCAAUAUUGUUUGACUAAUACUCCCAUCAUCAAAAUAAAUAAUAUAAGAAUUUAAAAAAUACAAAGGAAAGGCAAACAUCUUUGAGUCGUACAUCAACUCAGCAGAGUGUAGACGCCAACCAAACCAAGCUGUUCCUUCCAGUGGUCAUGUCAAAGUGAAAGAUCAAAAGAAUCUAGAAGAAAACAGACGAAAGAAAGAAAAAGGCAAUGGAUGGAGCAGAGAAAGAGAAUGAAUUAGAAAACGGAGAAGAUGAGGGAUCCAUAUGUGGGUACUACUCACUUCACCGCCUUCUUUUUGCCAAUCUCGAACCCCAUCUUUUCCAGGAAGUCAGCCGCUUGCUUUUGGGACUCAAUUGUGGAAGGCCACUCGAAACUGUAGUGGUAACGGAAUCUGCGAAAGCUCUCUCUUCAAAACACAAUUUCGAUCUCCAGGCUUUUCGCUUUCAAGCUGAUAAAGAGUCAUUGAGAGAACCUCGAGUAGUUAGGGUCGGUCUUAUUCAAAUCUCUAUAGUGCUUCCAACUACUGCUCCCUUUUCAGAGCAAAAGACGGCCAUCUUUCAUAAGUUAAAGAGAAUCAUUGACGCUGCAGGUGCUUCUGGAGUCAACAUAUUAUGCUUACAAGAAUUGUGGAUGAUGCCCUUUGUCUUUUGUACACGGGAGAAGAGAUGGUGCGAGUUUGCCGAGCCUGUUGAUGGGAAAUCGACACAAUUUCUGCAAGAUCUUGCUCAGAAAUAUAACAUGGUUAUAGUAAGUCCAAUUCUUGAGAGAGAUGUUAAUCAUGGGGAGACUAUCUGGAAUACUGCCGUCAUAAUUGGAAAUCGUAGCAACAUAAUUGGCAAGCAUCGGAAGGUAACAUUGGGCAACCAUGUAGAUUUCAAUGAGAGCACAUAUUACAUGGAAGGAAAUACUGGACAUCCUGUUUUCGAGACGGCUUAUGGGAAGAUUGCUGUGAAUAUAUGUUAUGGGAGGCACCACCCUUUGAAUUGGUUAGCUUUUGGCUUGAAUGGUGCAAAGAUUGUUUUCAACCCUUCUGCUACUGUCGGUGAACUCAGUGAACCGAUGUGUUCUAUUGAGGCCCGUAACGCUGCAAUAGCAAAUAGCUAUUUUGUCGGAUCGAUCAACGGUGUUGGAACUGAGACAUUCCCCAAUCCAUUCACUUCAGGCGAUGGGAAGCCACAACAUGCUGAUUUGGGGCAUUUCUAUGGUUCCAGUCAUUUCUCGGCCCCAGAUGCUUCAUGCACUCCAUCGCUUUCUCGCCACCGGGAUGGGCUGUUGAUCUCGGACAUGGACCUGAAACUCUGCAGGCAACUAAAAGACAAGUGGGGAUUCCGAAUGACUGCUAGGUAUGAGUUGUAUGUGGAGAUGCUUGCUCAUUACUUGAAACCAGACUUUGAUCCCCAAGUAAUUUCUGAUCCUUUGUUACAUAAAAAUUCCUGAUUAUCUGUUGCA